AGUGUACUUGAAAGAAAGACUACUCGUGAAAAGGUCAUGGAAAAUCGCUUAAGGCUUGGUCAAUUUGUUACUCAACGAAAUGGUGCGCAUUUUGAGGAAAAAUGGAUAGAGGGCUCCAGAUUCAAGGAUCUAGACCAGCGACGAAAAAGUAUUGAAAAUAUCCGCGAGGAAAUUGAACGCAAAAAGAAGCAGUGGGCGAAAAAAAAGCCUGGCGCUUCAGACGGGAAAAAAAGCAAAUCUCGGGGGGAUGAAGUUACCGUAGAUGAGUUUUACGAACAAAUGGAAAUUUAUGAUCUCCGGAAGGCUAUGCUAGUCAAAGAAGAUAAGGAAAUACAAAAUGAGCUUGAGCGCCUUGACAGAGAACGGAACUUGCAUAUACGCGAGAUAAAACGUAUUGCUAACGAAGAUGCCUCCCGCUUCAAAGACCAUCCGCUUUUGAGUGAUCGUUAUUUGCUUUUGAACUUGUUGGGCAAGGGUGGCUUUUCAGAGGUUCACAAGGAUUUCAACGUCUAUCCAUAA